AGCCGUGCUUCCAUUUUCCUUUCAACGUCCAUCUUAGAAAUCCUUUUCCCGCCAUGUUCCAGCGCUUCACCAGCCUUUUCUUCAGUGAUAGCGGCACUGUUGAAGACCUUGAGGAACCUAAGCCUUUUGUUUCUAAAGAGGAAGAAGAAGAUGGAUGGCUUAUUAUUGAUCUGCCAGAUAGUUUGGCUUCAAGUCUUGGCACUGAGCAGUGGGUAGGUGAGAAGGAUUCUGUUUGCGCUUCCCGUUGCCGCCAUGGGUCCCUUCCACCUACCACGUCUUCACCCCACUCCCUCAGUGACUGUGUCAGCAGGUCCAUGCCCUCUCAGCCUGACCCCUGCUUGAUGGAUGAGAGUUGGUUUGUUACCCCUCCCCCCUGUUUUACUGCAGAAGGUCCUGAUCCUGUCAAUAUGGAGAGCAGCCCCAUGGAGGACCUCUUGAUUGAGCAUCCCAGCAUGUCUGUAUAUGUCACCACCAGCAGCAGCAUCAUUGUGGAAAGGGAGGAUCCUGAGGAGAACAUCCAGGAGAGGGAAGUACCUGAAAACCGUUUACAGCGCCAUCCCCCGCACCACUCCACUUCUCUUGCCACCAAGGCUGCCAUCUUGGAGAAGGUCAAUCAAGUGCGUCGGAUUCAGAGGGCGAAGCAGUUGGCAGAGAAGCACAAGUUGAGCCAGAAAGUCAUGAAGAGGCAGAACCGUGCCAGAGAGUGCCGCCCACAACGGGCCAAACCCCGAGGCCACUUUGUCUACCAACCAUGCCAGCGCCAGUACAACUAUUAAGCUACUUCAGGAAGUCUACACUGUGGGGCAUUAUCCUUUUAACUUUUAGCUUCACUAGUUCUUCACAAUGCUUUUUCCAUCCAAGAGGGUUGUCUUCACUCAUUUCUGAAAUUAACCGUCCCUCUCUGUGAGAAUUUCCUACAUUCUCAUGAACUGGCAACAUUAAAUGGUAGAUCUUUUGUGGGCUUUUCUUGAGCUUUAUUCCCUACCCUAUUUUUAGCAACAAAUACAUUUUCUGAUCAAUGACUUCCUUUUUGCAUUUAAUGUCCCAUCUCCUAUUCUACAUCCUAUUUCCAGAUUUUGAUUUGGAUCUCAUAGUGAAUGAAACACAACAUGCCUUGCUAACAUUAAGAAACAAGACAGCAAGUCAACUUUGAAACUCCAAUAUAUGGGGUUUUUUUUAAGUGUUGGAGAAACAUACUGUAUAUGUAUCUUGGUUAUUAAGAGAAACCAUGUUUCUUUGUGUGAGUGUGUUUCUUGGUCCUUAGGUAGCAUGAAUUCACACACUGGCUAUUGUAGCGGUUGCCGGUGUUAGACUAAUUUGGUGCUUCCAGUGAAUAUAUCACCUUUAUUUUAAUUUAAAUAAGUUACAGGAGGAACAAGGUGCCCUGUCAUUUCUUUUCAUCCCUUGUUGUUGCACUAGAGAGCCUGUGACAUCAGUGCCUUUCUUUUUGACAUCACGUUCAUGACAAAAAAAAACAACCAACAGAUUGUGAUGUCACAAAUGGAGAUACCAGGUUCCUGUGCAAAAUGGAACACAAAGAAACAAGAAGCCUAACAGCUCCCAAGUUAAAGAUUAAUGACAUGUAUUUUAACAUAUUUCCUUCCCUGAAAAAUAAAUAAUUUGUAUAUUU